AUUUUCUUCUUCCACAUUCCCCUUCUUCUCUUCUUCUUCUCCAACCACAGGACACUCCCUCUCUCCUCCGCCCACCACCCAAUUUUAUCACCCCACCGACAAACCCCACGGACCCAGAACCUCGUCGUAGGGAAUGGCGUCGUCGGCGAGAGUAGAUCUGGACGGCAACCCGAUAAAGCCGAUUACGAUAUGCAUGAUUGGAGCCGGAGGGUUCAUUGGGUCCCACCUCUGCGAGAAGCUGAUGUCGGAGACGCCGCACAAGGUCCUAGCUCUGGACGUCUACAAUGACAAGAUCAAGCAUCUGCUCGAGCCCGAGAACGCGCACCCCUGGUCCGAUCGCAUCCAGUUCCACCGACUCAACAUCAAGCAGGACUCGCGCCUCGAAGGGCUCAUCAAAAUGGCAGAUCUGACGAUUAACCUGGCGGCGAUCUGUACUCCGGCGGACUACAACACCCGCCCGCUUGACACCAUCUACAGCAACUUCAUCGAUGCUUUGCCGGUGGUGAAGUACUGUUCCGAAAACAACAAGCGGCUGAUUCACUUUUCUACUUGUGAAGUGUAUGGGAAAACCAUUGGAAGCUAUCUUCCUAAAGAUAGCCCUCUUCGUCAGGAUCCUGCUUAUUAUGUGCUUAAAGAAGAUGAAUCCCCUUGCAUUUUUGGAUCUAUUGAGAAGCAGAGAUGGUCCUAUGCAUGUGCAAAGCAAUUGAUUGAGAGGCUGAUCUAUGCCGAGGGUGCGGAAAAUGGUCUUGAAUUUACCAUUGUGAGACCCUUCAACUGGAUUGGACCUAGGAUGGAUUUCAUUCCUGGCAUUGACGGCCCAAGUGAGGGUGUUCCAAGAGUUCUUGCAUGCUUCAGUAAUAAUCUUCUUCGCCGUGAGCCUCUCAAGCUCGUUGAUGGCGGCCAAUCUCAGAGAACUUUUGUCUACAUAAAGGAUGCUAUUGAAGCUGUUAUGUUGAUGAUCGAAAAUCCUGCUAGGGCCAAUGGUCACAUCUUCAAUGUAGGCAACCCUAACAAUGAAGUUACUGUUAGGCAACUUGGUGAAAUGAUGACUGAGGUUUAUGCGAAAGUAAGUAGCGAACCAAAAUUGGAGACACCCACCAUUGAUGUUAGCUCUCAAGAAUUCUAUGGAGUGGGAUAUGAUGAUAGUGACAAGAGAAUUCCUGACAUGACUAUUAUCAACAAGCAGCUUGAUUGGAAUCCAAAGACCUCUCUGUGGGACUUGCUUGAAUCAACCCUCACCUAUCAGCAUAGGACGUAUGCCGAGGCUGUUAAGAAGGCCAUUUCCCAAUCAUCUGCAAGCUAAAUAAGAGUGCCGUUGUUUGGUGCGACGAAUCAAGGAUCCUUGCUCAGGUGUGCUGUUGUUUGGGCAGGUGUUGAAAUUCUUUCGAAAGAAGUCUUCAGAUGUACCUUAAUGUCUGAUUUGAAUAUAUAGUACUUUUUUUUCAUUUUCUUGUCUUACCGGUGUCGUUAGCGAAAUAGUUCGUUGGGAUUAUGUCCGCAGAAUAUAAUCUAGAUUUCAUGUAGGGGGAACUAUAUGAUACUACUGUAAUUUGCCACCAGAGCUUUUGCUGCGACAUGCUGGGGGCUAUAGGAGGGGCCAAUUAUACAAGUCAAGUUGUUUCUGUUUUAUUUUGUGCUAGGGUGUUGUAUUAAUUUUCGAUAACCCUAUCAGGAUCUCUUGUUUUCUUCUUUAAUUUGUUAAUUUAUUAUUUAUUUAUUUCAAGCAUUCUACUGCU